AUGAGCAUCUGCCACUUGAAUGAGAUAGCAGAGUUCUGGUCCAAACUCCGCUUUCUUGGGCAGCAGGGAUUCAUUGAGACCUUGUCUAGAAACCGGUUUCAACAGAUUCGAGGUGCCCUCACUCUACAUGCACCUCAGCCGCCAUCGUUCGACGAAGAGCGGGAUCCUCUUUGGCGUUGCCGUGGAAUAAUGGAGCAUUUCUAG